GAGAGGUUCUCAUCACAGGGCAGAGAUAGUCUUAUCACACAGCAGAGAAGACAGACAGACAGACAGAGGAAACCUUAACAGAGAAACAAACAGACAUAAUCUACAUUUCACACAUCUCUCCUCCUUCCUCUGGAAGACCUCUUCACUCAGUGUUAGUCCAGACAACUCCGUACGGCUCAGUUUAUCAGUGACCUAUCAUGGCGUCUACCAUGGACAGUGCCAAGAUCCUCUUCUCUGUUCUGUUCUUCUAUGUCUGCUACCAGGUGACUCAGGGCCAGAUGGUGAGGGACUGCUGUUUGGAGGUCAGCAAAAAAGAGAUCCCACAACGCAUUGUCACGGGUUACCAGCCUCAGGUUAGGGGUCAAGGCUGCUCCAUUGACGCCAUGGUCUUCAACACCAGAAAGGGACGUAAGCUGUGUGCCCCUACCGGCCCUGCCUGGGUUACUAACCUGAUGAAACACAUGGACAAGCUGAUCAAGAUGUGCGAUGACACCAACUUCAAGGGUAAACACUGUAAGAAGUUGAUGUCCAAGCAGUCCUAAAGUCCCAAUUGGACACCCUCCCUCCCUCCACCCUCACUACCAGCUCCACCCCCUUAUCCUGGUCCAUAGAAUAAUGAAAGGACAUUCCAAGUGGGCGGGAUAAAAAUAAUAAUAAUUAAUGAAUGGAAAAAUGUGAUUCCUCCUACCACUAGUGCACUUUUUCAGUUUCCUUCCAUCUUCAGUUUUUACCCAGCAUGCCAUGUUGUUUCUUCUGUCAGUUUUUACCCAGCAUGCCAUGUUGUUUCCUUCUGUCUUCAGUUUUUACCCAGCAUGCCAUGUUGUUUCCUUCUGUCUUCAGUUUUUACCCAGCAUGCCAUGUUGUUUCCUUCUGUCUUCAGUUUUUACCCAGCAUGCCAUGUUGUUUCCUUCUGUCUUCAGUUUUUACCCAGCAUGCCAUGUUGUUUCCUUCUGUCUUCAGUUUUUACCCAGCAUGCCAUGUUGUUUCCUUCUGUCUUCAGUUUUUACCCAGCAUGCCAUGUUGUUUCCUUCUGUCUUCAGUUUUUACCCAACAUGCCAUGUUGUUUCCUUCUGUCUUCAGUUUUUACCCAACAUGCCAUGUUGUUUCCUUCUGUCUUCAGUUUUUACCCAGCAUGCCAUGUUGUUUCCUUCUGUCUUCAGUUUUUACCCAGCAUGCCAUGUUGUUUCCUUCUGUCUUCAGUUUUUACCCAACAUGCCAUGUUGUUUCCUUCUGUCUUCAGUUUUUACCCAGCAUGCCAUGUUGUUUCCUUCUGUCUUCAGUUUUUACCCAGCAUGCCAUGUUGUUUCCU